AUGGCGCCUAGACUCCCUCCCCCUCCUCAACCGAGCGAACCCGAUACUACCAACAACGCUAGGAUGUUGGAAACCGUAAUUGACAGACUUCAACAACAGAAUACCACACUCAAGGAGCAGAACGCCGCACUGAUGCAGCAAAACCAGGCCGCUAUGCAGAGUUUGGAGGCCUCUCGUGCCAACUCUGAAACCACCCAAAGGCAGUUAAUGGAAGUCCUGGCGGCAACCAGAGGUACGCCUGGAGCGUCCUCUUCCAACGCUGCCCAACCUGCUGCUGAGUGGAGUUUGGAGAGUUUUCUCCAGCAUCAUCCGGCUAAGUUUAAUGGUAAGGGCCUCCCUGAUGAGGCAGACCAGUGGCUAAGGGACAUAGAGAAGAUCUUCAACGCCAAAAGGUGUCCAGAUGAAAACAGGUUGGCGUACACGGAGUAUUUAUUGACUGGAGAAGCGAGCCACUGGUGGGCGAGCGCGAGAGCUAUUCUGAUGGACGCUCAACAACCGAUCACUUGGGAAGUGUUUAGAGAUAAGGUUUAUGAAGAAUACUUCCCUGACAGCGUCCGUUUUGCAAAGGAGGUAGAAUUUCUACAGCUGGUUCAGGGGGGUAUGUCCGUUUCAGAAUACACCAAUAAGUUCAAGCAUCUCGUCAGAUUCAAUACUAUGGCCACAAGUGGAGAAUGGCAGUGUAGGAAGUUUGAGAACGGACUGCGAAGCGACUUGAAGGUUUUGAUUUCCAGCUUGUGUAUCCGAACGUUCCCUGCCAUGGUUGAGAGGGCUAAGGUUUUAGAGAAGAACAUGGCAGAAGCAGAAAGGCACAAGAAGCAACAACAAGUGAAUAGAGGACCUAUCGUUUCCAGGGGCAAUGUCACUCCAAGAAGAACCCCGUACGCUCGUCCAAAUCAGCCAUCUAAAACGAGCGGUUCUCAAGCUCUAGUUCCUGCUGGACGAUCUGGACAGUAUGGGAACAUUACGUGUUUCCAGUGUGGAGGACCACACUACCGUUCGUCCUGCCCUUAA